AUGGAUUGGGUACUUGCAGGGGCCACGGCCGCAAGGCGGCCCCAGGGCCUCGCGGCAAUGCUGAACCUCAGCCAAGCCGGUGCCAGCGGCCGGACAGCAGCUCUUCAGGCGGCCGCCACCUCCGAGCCGCUUGCGCCGCAGGCAGAGUCAGAGCCGAUUUUCCUCCCUUCACAGCCAGACCGCAGUUCCGGCACCCGGCAGCGGCUGGUGCAGCUCGCGCAGCCGCCCCCGCGACGCACACAACGGGGCCGUCAGGAUGCCGUCGCCGACAGCAACUCACGCCUAUUCUUCAUGGGACGAAGACGGUGGUUUGGCGGCCAGCUCAAGUGGCGGAGGUCCCCCGCGGGCCGGGUCCCCCCCUCCAACACCACGUCGGCAUCCACAUGCAACACCUCGGGGGUCACGGAGACGCCUCUGGAGGGCGAUCGGGUCCACCCCAGCACUGCCGGCACUCGACAGAAGCAGCGGCGGCGGCCUCCGACCCAGAUCGCCUCCGGGCCCUACAAUUUGGUUGGGUGCCACGACCCACGGGUCGCGCUCCGCAGCUGGAUGCGCCGGCGGGAGCAAACUGGCGGACCCGACCUCGACACGGUUCGGGUUCACGACUUCCCGGAGGGAGGACAGCAGCACAUGCAUCAUCGUCAUCAUCACCAUCAGGAGGUGGAGGAGGCGGCAGCGCAGCGGCACGGGUUACGGCCACCCCGGGACCCGGGGGGUAUGGCAUCCACCACCACACGGGUCUUCCCCCCGGUGGGGAUUUCGCCGGAGGAGGGCUCACCCGCAACAGCCGUCACAUCAGCUGGCGGGGGGACUUCCUCCCUGGGAUUGCCAGUGCCUUGGGCCACCGGCGAUGGACCUAGUUUAGGAAUGCAGGCGGGAGCGGGAGCGGGGUCCGGCUACUCGGGGGGCCCCGGGCACCUGCGCGCGCGUGUCGGCAGUAGCAGUAGCAGUGGAGGUGGUAACCUGUACGGGCUCAUUAGUCGCUGUAGCAGCUGGCGGGAGCUGCAGCAGCUACAGCUGACCCACAGCGGCCACCUGCUGCCUCAGCACAUCCCCGCACUCAUGGCCGCAGUAGCCAGGCUUCAGCAGCACCAUCGCCGCGGAUCCUCACCACGACAACAACAGUACUCGCAUCACCACAACCACCACCACCACCGGCAGCAGCAGCAGCAGCAGCAGCACACCGCCGAGGAGCAGCGGCAGGUGUUGCGGUACAUGUGGGAGCUGGCGGGCAGCGCUCUGAGGUUGGCCAGGUCCCGAGAGCUGCCCCCGAGGAGUCUGGCCACGGCGCUGUGGGCGGUGGCCAAGAUGCCACCGCCGCCGCCGGGGGAGUUGGAAUUGGAGGCAAGCCCACCUCCUGAUGUGAGCCAGACGCUGUGGGCGGUGGCCACCCUGGAGUGCACCCCCCUGCCCCGGGGCUUCCUGCCGGGGCUGCUGGAGGCGGCCAAACCCGCACUGCACAGCUUCGGACCGCAGGCCUUCUCCAACACGCUGUGGGCCCUCUCUCGCCUCCGCUGCCAACCCCCCCCGGGCUGGCUGGAUGCCGCCUGUGCAGCCGCCGCCCCCCAGCUCCCCACCUUCAACCCCCAGGCCCUCGCCACCACCGCCGCGGCACUCGCGCACCUGGAGCACUCCCCGCCACCCGACUGGUGGGAGAUCUUCUUCGUCGCGUGUGCCCGCAGCAUGUGGCUCCCGUACCCACACCACCAAUCACCACCACCACCACUACCGCCGUCAUCACCAUCGCCGUCGUCGCCAACACCACCUGCUUUGGAACCCGCAGUAGCAACAGCAGCAGCAGCAAUAGCGGCAGAGAGUGGCGGUGAUUGCGCCACAGGCGGCGGCCGUACAGCCGCUGCAGUCGCCCCGCAGUCUCUGGCGCAGACCGUCUGGGCGGUGGCGAGGCUGCGGCUGACACCCCCCCCGGGUUGGCUGGAAGGGCUGGCGGCGGCGGCGGCGGUGGCGGCGCCCCGCAUGAACGGCCAGGAUGUGGCCAAUGUGCUGUGGGCGCUGGGGGCCCUCAGGUUCCGCUACAACCACCACCGCCAGAACAACGACGAACAACAACAACAACAACAACAACAACAACAACAACAACACUACCCAGCAUUGCGCUCGUCGUCGUCGGCGGCGGCGGUGGCGUCUUCGCCGCCAUCCCCGACUUCGGCGGCGGCUUCUCGGCCCACAGCGGCACCUUCGGGUCCUCCCGGUCUGGCUCCUCUGCUGGCGGCCUGGCGGCGGUGCCUGGACUCCAUGCAGCCGCAACAGCUGUCCGCGUGUCUGGUGGCAAGUGUGCAUCUGGGGCUCAGCCUGGAUCCAAGUCGGAAUCCAAAUCGCGAUCAAGCUGCUGCUCCACCUGCGGCUGCGGCGGCGGUGCCGGACGAUUUGGUGGCUCGUACACUGGUAGUUGUGGGUUGUCGGUUGGCCAGUUGCUCGGCCCAGGUGGUGUCCAACUCCCUGUGGGCGGCUGCACGACUGGGCUGCCGGCCCUCCAGCAGCUGGGUGGGGGCGGCGGUGGAGAGGUUCUUGGUCUGUCUGGAGGACGAUGAUGCCGGGCCGCAGGAGGUGGCCAACGUGUGGUGGGCCCUGGGUCGGCUGCGGUGGGCCCCCCCCGCCGACACGGCCUCCGAGCUGCUCAGUCGUACUCUGGACCUGGCGGCAGGCGGGGACCUGCGCAGCGGGGAGCUGGCGGCGGUGAUGUGGUCGCUGGGGCGGCUGGGACUGAGACUGCCCAAGCCGCUCAUGGACCGACUGGUCUGCAUCCUGCGAGCCUCCCUCCACGAGGAAGCCCAACAGCAGCAGCAGGCAGGUGAGGGGCAGCCCCCGCCGGUACCCCAGCCGCCACGUCACCUGACCCCCGCCCCGCCGGCGACGCUGGUGACGCUGCUUCGUGCCCUGGCGGCCCGUCAAGCCACCUCGCAACGGAGCACCGCAAUGGCCCUCCUGGAGCGAUCACUGCGACACAUGGCGACGACAAUCCGUGCCAGCGGCUUCGGGGACGGCGGUGACGGCGGCGGCGCCGCAGCUGCACGGCAGGUGGCAUUGGCGCUUCACUCCGCCGCCAGUCUGGGUGUGCCGCUGUCGGCAGGCUCCACGGCGGCGGCUGAGGGGAGGGGGGAGGGGGAAGCCCGGCCCGGGGGGGGCUCAAGUCGCGGCCUGGCGGGUGCAAUAAUAGCGGCGCUACGUGCUGUACUGCCGUACGCGAACACUCGCGACUUGGCGAUGGCGUUGUCAGCGGCGGCGGCGAUGGAAGCCGUGGUGCCGCUGGGGCUGCUGGCGGCGGCGCUGCAGCGCGCGGGGGAGCUGUAUGCCCGUGACAGCGCCACGGCAGCGGCGGUGUCGGGGUCAGCGGUCGACGACGGGAAGGAUUCCACCCCUGUCUUGACCAUACACGGAAAUGAUGUCGAUGGGGGGCGUGCAGUGGCAGUGGUCCCCGAGGGUGCGGAUGGAGCUGGGGAGGGCGGCGAGGGUGAGGUGGAGAGUGGGGCUGACAGGGUGCUUGGCUGGGUUAGGGGACGGCCCGACGGGAGCGAGGGGGUGAUGGGUGUACGAGGAGGCGGAGGAGAUGUCCGGGAAGUUGUAGACGGGGCGGGUGGGGAUUUGGCGACGCUGUUGUGCAGUUUGGGUCGGCUUCUAGAGCUGCAUGCGCGACGUCGGGCGGAGAUGACGGCUCAGCAGCAACAGCAACUGCAGGAUGCGGGGCGGCGGGGAUGGCGGAGGGGGCGGCAGCAGCAGGAGCUGCAGCUGCAACGGCAGCAGUGGAAGUCAGGGCCAAAGCAUUCCGGCAGAAGGUUAGAACGUGGUGGUGGUGGUGGUAAAGGCCGCAGUGGCAGCGGGGACGAUAGCGCAGGUGACAAGAGCACAGGCAGCAGCAGCAACCACCACCACCACCGUCGUGUUGACAUGGACGUGUAUAGGGACGCUGCGGGUGAUGUGGCCGUCAAGGCAGCGGCGGCGGCGGCGAUGCAGGAGGCCCGGGCGCGGUGGGACGAGUUGCUUCGGAAGCGGCCGCGUCUGGUGGCGGCACGGACUGCCUUGCUACAAUUCGUCCGGGUGGGUCUGGAGCGCUCUUCCUCUUCCGCCAUCGUCGACGCCGACGGCGGCUCGUCGUCCUCUUCGCCACCGCCGCCGACGCCAUGUCUCUCCGCCGCUACCUCACUACAGCAGCUGGUCCUGGGGCUGUCCAAAGCCCGUCUGGCCCCGCCGCCCCGGCUGCUGCGCAUGUUAGCUCGGGCGCUUGUGGGUGCGGUUGGCGACCUGCCCGCCAGUUACCUGGCGGCCUGCUUGAGCCACCUGGCGGCCAUGGGGGCGGAGCUGGACCCGCAGGACGCGAUGGCGCUGGUCGGCCGGCUGCGGGCAGUGCACGUGGCAACAGCUGCUAGGCGGUCGGCCGGCGGGCGAAGCCGGAGCCGCGGCUGGAUGGUGGCGGCGUGCGGCGGUGUGAGCUGUAUGGUGGCGCUGUGGGUGCUGCGUCGGAAGGCGAAGAGGAAGACGCGAGUGUCACGAGGGGGAGCGGCGCGGGCACUGAGGACAGCCAGUCCGCGCAACAGAACGGGGAGGUCGAGGCUGCGGGCGGCGGCGGCGGCAGCGGACCCAGAGGUCAUGCAACGAGUGGAGAGGGCGCUGACGCGACUGCGGGAAGCCGGGGAGUGCCGUCGUCUGGCAUGA